GUUUAAUAUUGCAAUAUACUCGAAUGGUAAUGGAAGCGUAGUAGGAGGUCGUAAAAACCCGACAUGACAAAUGGAUGAAUUUGAGGAGCUAGGAGACGAGUUUCCUGAUAUACAUUCUUUAUUCCUGUACUACAACGACCUCUAUUUUGGAGGUGUUCUGCUUGGAAACACCACGGUGGAAUGGAGCAGUAGCCGGAUGACGCUGUGCGGAGGCAUCUGCAAGUAUCAUCCGCUAAUGGGGUGCCAGAUAAAGCUCAGCGAGCCCCUUCUCAAGCUACGUCCGGUGCGCGACAUGAAGAUGGUGCUGCUUCACGAGAUGAUCCACGCACACAACAUGACGCUUAAGAUCCGCGAUCCGGAUCCGGGCGGCCACGGCCCGCCCUUCCUGGAGCUCAUGAACAAAAUCAAUGUCAGCACCGUACCCGAUCCGCAGCGGCCGCCCGGCGGCUACAAGAUCACCACCACGCACUCCAUGAUCGGCGAGGUGGAGAACUACCGCACGCACUGGUGGGAGUGCGAGCGCUGCCGCAAGGUCAUCAAGCGCUCCAUGAACCGCCCGCCGCAGGAGGCGGACUGCAUAGGGUGCGUAGGGAUACCUGGGUUGGGUGUGCUGUUGGGCACAAAAGCCCUACAUCGCUAUACGCCGUACAUAGUAGAUGCAUAAGAGAUGGUCACACAGCGGCACCAGGCAGCUGCUGGCGCACGCACCUCCCCCCACCUCCCCCCCUCCGCCAGGCGCACCGGCAGCCGCGGGCCCAGCUGCCGCGACCCCAACUGCGGCUACCACACCCACAUCCGCCAGUGCGGCGGCGCAUUCAUCAAGGUGCGCGAGCCCGACCCCAAGAAGCCCACACGCAAGAAGUCACCCGCUAGGAAGCCCGGCAGCAGGCCAGCGCUGGCACCCGGGCAGCAACGCAUCGACAGCGUCGCAGCAGGCGCAGCGGGGGCUGCAGCAGCGGUUGCAGGGGCGGGUGCAGGGGCUACAGCGGGGCCUUCCGGCCGCGGCGCCAAGCGACCCGCGAGUGCACUGGCGGAAAAUAGGCAGGGGAAGCCGGCGCCUGGUGCCGGCGCCAGCGUGCCGAGCGGUGGACCGAGUGGGAGUCGAACUUCGGGGGCUUCUGGGUCGCAGCAGCCGACACGCUCGCAGCAGCCGACACAGCCGCGGCCGCACCACCACCCGCAGCAGCAACCGCUGGAGCGGCUGUGGGGGCAGGUCCGCGGAACCGCAGGCGGGUCAGGCGGGUCAGGAGGCGGGACGGACGCCGCGGGUGGCGGUAGCGGGGCGGCAGGGGCUCCCGGGAGUCCGGGGCGGCCGGGGAGCCAGCAGGCCGGCGGGUCGCGCCGCGAUCCCAACUUCCUGCCGCCCUCCGUUGGCAGCUUCCCGAGCCCCAAGACCCACAAACCAGCCCCUUCUGCGGCGCCGCCCGCCGCUCCUGCCCGGCCCCAGUCUGUGCCACCGGCCCAUCCAGGCCCGGAGGUACCGCUGGCAGCGCCCGCAGGGCCUGCCACAGCAGCAGGACCCUCCGGCUCUGGAGCACCCGCCGGUGCGGGUGCGGUCCAGGCAGGCGCUCCCUCGGCGGAGGAGCUCAGGCGGCGCUGUGCGGAGGCGGCGCUUGCCAGGCUGCAGGGCGCAGGCGGGUCGCGACAGCCCGGGUUGCCGACUGCGGGGGUGGGAGGAGCGGAGGCGGCGGUGAGUGAGGCAGCGGCAGCGAGGCGAGGAGGGCCGGCGUCGUCGUUGGCGGAGGGCGUUGGGGGCACGGCGGAAGGGAGUCUGGGCCAGAGAGCGGGUGGUGCUGCUUCUGCCGGACCGUCAAGCAGCGGGGCGGGUGACCGUCAGCAGCCCGGGCCUCUUGGGGGGAUACCACCUGCCCCGGGGUCUUCCGCGGCACCGGCGGUUGAGGUGGUUGAGCUGCUCGACGACGAUUCAGAUGAUGACAGCGACUUUGUAAUUGUGGCUUGAUAGCUGCGUCCAUUACGCAUUUCGGUUACUCGCGAUCCAGCGCCAACAGCAGGGUGAAGCAAGUUCGUAACGUACUGCACCUGCGCUGUACUUCGCCGGCGCUAUGAACUCCAAUGCAGUGUACGCUGUGCUUGCGGUGAAAUUGUUAACGCAACAGAUGCGUUGGCUAUGGCUGGAUGGUGUGCGGAAGCUUGGUCGGCCCUCGUCUAGCAAGGCGCAUCGGCUGAAACCUGUUGUACGGCGUUUCUCAAGUCCGACGACGACCAAACCAAGCUCAAAUGUCCUACACAUCUCCUUCGUGUGGAUCAUGAGCUAAACUCAAUCCCGCUAUGCUAUCUUUGGCACGUACCUUGUAACAGUUUGCAACGUCACGCUUCCAGCCCACUUAUCCGUGCUGCCGAAAUACUUUGUAUGGCUUUGCAUUUAUAACCAACAUGGCGCAAGUCGCUUUGACAUAGACGAAAGCUGUUAACUGAAGACCUUUCGUUAGGUCCAUCCGAGGUGGAAAUUACAGUCUGUUAAUGGACAAAGUCUUCUGAAUGUUUCUACAACUCUUUCGGAAACUUGGUGCUCGCCUGAAGGAGCAAUCGGCUGCACGGAAAUUAGAACGUGGAACGCUAUGCGGGAAGCAGGGGGCAGACGGCGAGCCUCCGGAAGCGAACUUGCAUUUAAGCAAGCCUGACUUGACCGUCGUCGCAUCGCACUCAGGACCAGACACAGGCGUUGCUGUUUAUAAGCAAUUUACGCCAGACCUCCAGGUGUCGUGGGAGGACCCCCUUGAUUGGGCCUAUGGCAUUUCCGUGUCCAUGUACGACCUGGGGCCAACGGGCCGCCGUAAUGGAGAGCCUGUGGCUGAUUGCUUCGGCAUUCUGGCCUAUCCGGAGGGGGCCGUCCUGGCGGUGGCGGAUGGCGUGAACUGGGGCGAGCCGCCCCGCCGUGCAGCGAGGUGUGCCGUACUCGGAUGCCUUAACCACAUGCACCACGCUCUAAAGCAACACGAGGGCGACUCCUCCCUGGACAGCCACACGGUGUUCCGGCACCUGGUGGACUCCAUAUCGGCCGCGCAGAAGCUCAUCCUGCAGCAGUUCGGCACCCUCACCACGCUGGUGGUGAGUGUAGUGCUGCCGCUCAAGUGGGUUCGCUCGCCGGGCCGGUGGGCCGCCAUCACGCUCACGGUGGGGGACAGCGCCGCCUACGUCUACCGGGCAGCCAGCAGGACGGUGGAGGAGGUCACGGCGGCGGCGCAUGCGGAUGGAGCACGCGACCCCCGCUGGUGCCCCGGUGCGCUGGGCUACGCCAUGGGCGAGGAGCCCGACCUGGCCAACAUGAUGCUGUGCCUCACAUUCCUGGACGAGGGGGACUUCAUUUUCCUCACCAGCGACGGAGUGGCCGACAACUUUGACCCCGUCAUCCGCAAGAUAGCGCGACACCAGGUGCUGGAGUCCACGGACAAUGACCUGCCCGCCCUCUCUCCGGCGGAGUGCCAGGCCAAAGCCAUGGACCUCCUGCGGGAGGUGCUGGUGGACGCAGACAGGCGCCUCUCAGCAGGAGCGUCCCGCACUCCCACAUCCAGCAAAUCGACCCACGGGUCAUCCACGCCCGCCACAUCCACACCUGCCACGCCCACGGCUGGUGACAAUGCUAGCAGCUCUGAACCCGCAGCAGCAGCUGACGGCGGCGAUAGGGGCACCGCAGCAGCCGGCUGCAACCACUGCCAUGUCGGUCUGGGUCGCGGCAGCCGCAGCGGCGGUAUGACAGCCCGGGGGCUGGCGGAGCAGCUGCUGCAGCAUGUGUACGAGGUGACGACGGAGCAGCGGCAGCAUGUGGAGGCGCGCAGCCGCGAGCGGGAGCGGGAGCGGGGGCUGUCGCGAGGGGAGGGGCCGUGUCUGAGCACGGACGGCAAGCACGGGGGGCUGAUGGGGCUGGCGCCGUCUGCGAGGCCGCCGGGGAAGAUGGACCAUGCGACGGUGGCGGCGUAUCAGGUGGGUCGUCGGAAGCCCAAUGAGGUGGCCCGCAGCCGCGCCCGCCUGGAGAAGCUGCGGCAGCAGCAGCAGCAGGAGGGCGCGCAGCUGCUGCCCUUCCUAGCAGCGCAGGCGGCCUCGCAGCAGCCGCCCGGACGGCAGACCUCGCCGCAAACCACCUUCACCACCACGUCUGCGGGGUCUGGGUCUGGAUCUGCUCGGUCGUCUGGUUCGGGAGCGGGGUCUGGUGUAGCUCCGGGGCCGGCGGGGGGCCAGGCGCCAGUGGGGCCGGUGGGGUCGGUACCAGCGUCCGGACCGCCGCCGCACCUGGCACCGGGCGGAGUGGCGGUGCCUGUGACCGUAACAGUGACGGACACGGGGAAGGAGAAGGCGGUGGGAGGUGAGGAGGGCGGCAAGGCUGCUGCAGGGGAAGAGAAGGGGGGCGCAACGGUGGGGGUGUGCAGCUUUGACUCGCCUGUAGCGUGAGGAUGCGGGCUGCGUUCUGGGCUUCCAGUGGUGGAACCAUUAGAAGACGUGAGAGUGGGGCUGUGGGAGCUGGUUCGGGUUCGAGGGUUUGGAGUGGGCUCGUUGUCGUGCUGGGGCCGGCAGGUGGGUCCGGUAACACUUGCGAGGCUACUCGCAGGCGGGAGGUGAGGGGGGUUUUGCGAUGUCCUGGACUGCGGGUGGCCCCAGCGGCAUUCCUCCGCCGGUGUCUGUAUAUCUUAACACGAGGAAUGAAUGGCACAGAAGAAGAAGAUGGGGCUCCUAGUAUUACGCUUUGGAGGCUUACGAGGCGGUCGUUGCGCAUUGCAAGUGUACAAUCCGCUACCAGCCAUGUAGUGGCCUCUCUGCUAUACAUGUGGCAUACUACGAGUUAUGGGUCGUAAGCGAAAGCCUUUACGCGCACGCGCAUAAACUGCCGCUGGUGUUUUCGAUUGUAGCUCCGUAGUGUCUGAGUUGUGUAUGGUUUGCACCCGGUUUGCAGUGCUUCAAGGGCUGAGUGCUCAGCACGAAUAAGCGUGGCCGGCUGACGCCUUUCUUCCAAACAAAACACAUGUGGAGUUGGUUUAUUAUGUUGUCGGCUUUCGUAGUUGGUUGGUCGAAUUGGGGCCUGGCCGUUGCUAUGGCCUUUCAGGAUCGGCUUCUAAGCCGCUGUUACUGCUGCUGGCUUCAUUUCGUUAAGUUCAGUUUGUUCGUCGCGUUCGUACGUGUGGUUUAUGCAAUUUCUCCGUUGUUUUGUGGCGUUGUGUUUUGGAAAUCGCGUUGGCUAGGGUGCUGCUUGCUGGCGCUUACGUUGCGUGUGGCAUAGCGGUCAAGGUUUCCUUUCAUACUUGACAACUGUUUGCUUUCUUUCCGUCAAGUGCUGUAGGUAGGUGUUUGGAGCGGCGCUACUGGUGUUUUGGUUUCAACAUGACGCUAAUAAGCUUCAUGGGUUGGGACUUCCCGAGACCCACCGGUACACACGGGGCGUCAGUUUUGCGGCCGGUUGCUGUGGCACAAGGAAUGUUGUCUCAUUGGAAUGGUAUUGGAGGAAGCAACAACAAGAACUGGGCCCCGUAGCUUUCUUUGGAACAGGGUGCUGAGCUGUACUGGGCCAGGGCCAGACGUGGUGACUGGUGCUUUCGGUUGUGUGGGGUAAAGAAGAAACAACUAAGUGACUGAGGG